CGACUCGUUGUUUUGUUAUGAUUGACUAGCGUCUCGAUCGCGCAACUGUAGUACAAACAGAUAUAUACCUAGCUUUUUAGUUGUAAUUGUUAAUAAGUUUCAAAAGAAUAAUUUUACUUUGAGUGGUUAUUUUUGAAAAUAUUGUGUAAAAAUGGCUACCGAACAUAAGGCAAGAAUAAUUUUAGAAUAUCUAGAAAAGGAAGAGCCUGUUUUAAGAAAUUUAAAACAAUUUCUGGAAGGUCAACUCAUGAGUUUACAGGUUCAAGCUGUGAAUUUAAAUAAAGCAUAUAAUGAUCUAAAAAUGAAAAAUGAAAAGAUGAGGAUUGGAAAAGAAAUUAAGAAAGAACCAGAAUUAAAAGUUGAAUCUAUAUCGCCAAAACAAAUGACAAAUUUCAAAACAGAAACACUACAAUUUGAACCACUUCAUCUGGAUUCAGCUUCCACUAUUAAAAGUGAUAAUCAACUACCAGAAUUACAUCUGGAACCAAUUAAUCUGAACUCAUUUUCUGAAUUCGAAAUGGAUCUUGAUGAAAUUCUACAGCUAGCUCCAUAACUACUUUACUCUAAUUAUAAAGAUAACUUCACUUUGGAGGAUUCAUUAAUGUGAAAACUUCUGCAAAAUAUCUUUGUACAUUUGUAUAUUAUGUUUUUUUGUAUAUUAUCCUCGUGGGAGUAUUUUCAUGUGAUUCAUUAAAAAACAUUUUUUAUUUAA